AUGAAGUUAGUGCUCCUGAUUCUUGUUUAUUUAACGUCUGGCUUCCUGAUGGUGGAGGGACAAGAUGGCGAACCAACAGAGGGGGACCGAGGACCACCCAGACCCCUAUAUCACCCAGAGCCAAUUGAAGAGAGCUACGUACCGGGAACGUUCCAGUCUGACAUGCGGCUGACAUUCCCACAAGUGAUCGAUUUGUACGUUAGUGUCUCGGAACAGAUGAACGGAACGCAAAAGCGACGAGCAGUAAGCAGUACCAAAUGGCUGCGUGGUAUUAUACCCUACGAGAUUGAUGACAACUUUGGCCAGGAAAUUCGUACCACUAUCCAGCAAGCGAUGGACUUGUGGGAGGAGAACACGUGUAUCACUUUCCGAGAGUACACUCCAGAAGUCGCAGAGGAACUGGGCAGUGAACAUCGUGUCCUUUUCGAGAAGGCGAGUGCGGGAUGCGUGUCCUGGAUCGGCAUGAUUGACCGUUUUCCCCAGACUAUUUCACUUUCAGAAGAAAGCUGCAAUUAUAUGGGAACAAUCGCACAUGAGAUCGGCCAUGCUGUGGGUUGGUACCACGAACACGCCCGGCCAGACAGGGACGAGUACGUGACGGUCCUAUACGAUAAUAUCCAGGCGGGGUCCGCAUCAAACUUCCAAGCCUUUGGUGUCGAGACGUACGAUGUCCCUUACGACAUUGAAUCGAUAAUGCAUUAUGGAUCAGAGUAUUUUACUAAAGACCGUGGAUUUUUGACGAUUGAGCCAAAGAACCCAUUGGAUCUGUUCAAGAUGGGAAACCGGGCAGAUUUCACAUUUUACGAUCGGAAGAACGCCAACAUGAUGUAUGAGUGUUCCAGUGAGUGUGAGCCGCUUUUGCAAUGUCAAAACGAAGGAUAUGUUGGGGAAGAUUGCAAGUGUCACUGCAAACCAAACUACAGUGGGACUAACUGUGAGAUGCACAUGAAAGGAAGCGCAGGUUCUGAAUGCAUGAGUGAACUAUCAGCUGAUGAAGACGUAAAGACCAUCAUGUCACCAGGAUAUCCCGUUGCCUACGAUCGUUUAAUGACAUGUGCCUGGUUAAUAAAGGGGCCUCCAGACAAGACACUGAGCCUUGUUUUCAUCGAUUUUGAAGUAGAGAAUGGCCCACGCAACGUCUGUUACGACUACGUCCGAGUGCGAAGUGAUUCCUACAUCUACACUGGUGGAAAAGACUCUUGUGGCACCGAACCACCACCGCCAAUUGUGUCGGCUGGAAAUCAAAUCAUGGUGAUUCUCCAGACCGACGGGUCAGGUGAACGAAGAGGAUUCCGAGCUAACUAUUUUGUCAACCCUCAGAGUGAUGCUACUACCCUGCCCGUGGCCUCAACUAUGGUCCCAACCAUGGCCGUAACCACGGCCCAAACCACAGCUCAAACCAAGGCCAAAACCACGGCCAAAACCACAGUCUACACCAUGGUCUCAGCAUCGACUCCUUUAAUGGAAUCAACCACCACUGUGACCGGACAGCCACCAACCACUAUAAAGUCAAAGGCAAAGUGUGAAGCGGCUGAAGGAACAUGCGGCGGGCAAUUCACUGACUCCGGUUGCAUAGCAUCGCCGAACUAUGGACGUAGCGUGUACAAUAACAACGAGGAAUGUGUUUAUCAUAUUCAGGUUGAUGCUGGUGAACGAGUUCAGUUGGCAAUAGAACACCUUGAUAUCGAAUAUGAGGUGACUUGCACGUGGGACAGAUUGGUAGUCAUUCCUGGGGACACACUUGGCUUACUGAGGGUUUGUGGUGCGGAGCCUCCGUUUGGGACUUUCGUUUCCCUUGACAACACCAUGACGGUGAAGAUGAUCAGCGACGGAUUUGUGGCUAAAGGCGGAUUUGCAGCAAGCUUCCAGGGGAUUACCGUGGAUAAGGAGGAUUAGGAACAGGAAUACAUCAGUUCAUCACCGGUGGACUAAAUCAACCGCUUAUUGAUUGGAAUCAGCUGCAAAAGAAUUCUGUUUUAUCACUUCGCUGACUCAAUAUAGACCUUUCCUUGUC